GCGGGAGAAGUUCCUUCCGGGUCAGUGGCCGAAGCGUGGACUGCGUGGGGGAGCCCCUGGCGUCUCGGUCUCCCCCGCGUCUUCCCUGUACCGACGCGAGGCGAUCGUGGUUUCCACGAUGAGCUCCCAGAAAGGGAACGUGGCUCGUUCCAGGCCUCAGAGGCACCAGAAUACGUUUAGCUUCAAAAAUGACAAGUUUGAUAAGAGUGUUCAGACCAAGAAAAUUAAUGCAAAGCUUCAUGAUGGAGUUUGUCAGCGCUGUAAAGAAGUUCUUGAAUGGCGUGUAAAAUACAGCAAAUAUAAACCAUUGUCAAAGCCUAAAAAAUGUGUUAAAUGUUUACAAAAAUCAGUAAAGGAUUCUUAUCACAUAAUAUGUAGACCAUGUGCCUGUGAACUUGAAGUUUGUGCAAAAUGUGGAAAGAAAGAAGACAUUGUUGUUCCGUUUAAUAAGGAACCAGAAAAGACAGAAAAUCCUGAAAUUAAUCUACAUUCCAACCAUAGAAGUUGUAGAAGAAAUGAAGAAAGUGAUGAUGACUUAGAUUUUGAUAUUGAUUUAGAUGACCCAAAAGAUAAUCAAGUAGAUUAAUAUUUUAAAAGUCAGUUUGAAAACAUGAAAUUCUGAAGAACUUCUGGCUUUUGAGAGUUUUACACAAAAAUACUGUGAAAUCCUAGUGAGAUAAAUAGCAAAAACCUAUGGAAAACAAGCAAAAUUCAUACAUGGACAAUUUAAAUUAUGCAUGAUACUUGGAUAAUUAAAUACUUUCAUCCAAAGUUAAUUAUAAUAAAUUUUAAGUAGCAGAUACUGGAUUAUCUGCCAAAAUGA